UAAUUGUUAACGUCAGUGUCUCAACAGAAUCGAUAUUUUUCGUUCUUGAUUGGAUUACAAUAGAUUAUCACUUAAAUAAAUGAAAGUAUAAUAAGCAUUAGUUAAGUUUUUACUUAAUCAACACAAUGAUUAAGGCCAUCUUGGUAUUUAAUAAUCAUGGGAAGCCACGGUUAUCGAAAUUCUACCAAUACUUUAAUGAAGAUAUGCAACAACAGAUAAUCAAGGAGACGUUUCAACUGGUCUCCAAGAGAGAUGACAAUGUGUGCAAUUUCUUGGAAGGAGGAAGUUUAAUAGGAGGUUCAGACUACAAGCUGAUCUACAGACACUACGCCACGCUAUACUUUGUGUUCUGCGUGGACUCUUCAGAGAGUGAGCUUGGCAUACUAGACUUGAUUCAGGUGUUCGUAGAAACUCUAGACAAAUGCUUCGAGAACGUCUGCGAGUUGGAUCUGAUCUUCCACGCGGAUGCUGCUCAUCAGGUCUUGGAUGAGCUGGUCAUGGGGGGCAUGGUACUGCAGACCAACAUGGCGGAUAUCCUGUGCAGGCUUCAGGAACAGAAUAAGAUGCAGAAAGCUGAGGCGGGUAUAUCGGCAGCACCAGCCCGCGCCGUCUCCGCCGUCAAGAGUAUGAACCUUCCUCAACAGCUGCGUGACAUGAAGCUCCCCGACCUCCCGCAGGCUAUUAAGGACCUGAAGUUCUGACCGACGCAGCAGGGGAGUUACCCCGCCACGCCGGUUGCCAUAGCAACGAACAUUCUAAACACCAUAUACCCACACAACGAGAAAUACCAAAAUCUACAACGCCCAGCAGAAAAUUACACGACAAAAUUCUUCGGCUCCGAAACUCUGAGUAC